CAAAACAUGAAGAUUAGAAUUGCUUUUAUCAUUAGAUUCCAAGCGAAGAUCCAAUCAUCUCUGGAGAGGGGAGAAGCCUAAAGUACUUGCAGAGGAGUAAAUGUGGAUCAGAUGGGAGGUUAAUCUGCUGGAACUCACAGACACUGGAGGCUCAGUCUCUCACUUGGCUGCUGGAGAAGACUACUGGCUGGAAGGUCCUCUGAGAAAGCAUCUUUGGACCUUGUCUGGUGGUGGUGGUGGUGCACAUCAUUAAGACAAAGCCAGACUUUUGCUAUUAUUUGGAUGGUUCUGGACAGAAGACUAAGUGAUGUAGUGAUGGGCUAAAGAGAUCUGGGAAGCAGCACCAGCAGGGAAGGGAGACAAGUGGAUGAAACAGAGAAUGAGGUGGAAAUUUAACCCAAACCGCCAGCAUCUGCUCCUCACUCCCAAGGAAUCAGAAGAGCUCCUUAGCAGCAUGAAGUGAAUGCAGGGAGAGGAGAGCCGCUUCAGCAGCAGUGACGCCUCCGUGUUUAGGAUGGAUCCCUGUGCCAGCUCUGCACUCUUACUCCCCUUUCUUUGCAUUUUUACCACCUUCUCCCAGACGUCCCAACAAGUCCUGCGGAUCGGAGGAAUUUUUGAAAUGCUGGAAAAUGAGCCAAUUAAUGUUGAAGAAUUAGCUUUCAAGUUUGCAGUCACCAAUAUAAACAGAAACCGGACAUUGAUGCCUAACACCACGCUGACCUAUGACAUCCAGAGAAUUAACCUUUUUGAUAGUUUUGAAGCUUCUAGAAGAGCUUGCGACCAGCUUGCCCUUGGUGUGGCCGCGUUAUUUGGACCAUCUCACAGUUCUUCAGUAAGUGCCGUACAAUCUAUCUGCAACGCUCUGGAGGUUCCUCACAUACAGACCCGAUGGAAACAUCCAUCUGUGGACAACAAAGACACCUAUUUUAUCAACCUCCAUCCAGACUAUGCGGCGAUCAGCCGAGCCGUCCUGGAUUUAGUGCUGCAUUACAACUGGAAGGCAGUGACUGUUGUGUACGAAGAUAGCACAGGUUUAAUUCGCCUCCAAGAACUCAUCAAAGCACCAUCAAGAUACAACAUCAAAAUAAAAAUUCGCCAGUUACCCUCAGGAAAUAAGGACGCCCGCCCCUUGUUGAAAGAAAUGAAGAAAGCCCAGGAAUUUUAUGUGAUAUUUGACUGUUCGCACGAAACCGCGGCCGAGAUCCUAAAACAGAUACUUUCAAUGGGAAUGAUGACCGAAUACUAUCACUAUUUUUUUACCACAAUGGAUCUGUUUGCCCUGGAUCUAGAACCAUACAGAUACAGCGGAGUCAACAUGACCGGAUUCCGGCUGCUUAACAUCGACAAUCCUCACGUUGCAUCAGUGGUUGACAAAUGGUCCAUGGAGCGUCUCCAGGCGCCACCUAAACCUGAGACCGGACUUCUUGACGGCAUGAUGACAACGGAUGCGGCUCUGAUGUACGACGCGGUUUACAUGGUGGCGGUUGCCACCCAGCGAGCUGCGCAGAUGACUGUAAGCUCUCUCCAGUGUCACCGACACAAACCCUGGAGAUUUGGACCUCGAUUCAUGAACCUCAUCAAAGAGGCACGAUGGGAUGGUUUGACCGGUCGCAUCACAUUCAAUCGAACGGAUGGUCUCAGGAGAGAUUUUGAUUUGGAUAUUAUCAGCCUCAAGGAGGAUGGAAUGGAAAAGGCUGCUGGGGAAACGUCUAAUCAUUUAAAUAAAGUUUGGAAGAAGAUUGGAGUCUGGAAUUCAAACAUAGGUCUUAAUAUGACAGACGGUUCUAAAGACAAGUCAACCAACAUAACGGAUUCACUGGCCAACAGAACUCUAAUAGUUACAACCAUUCUGGAGGACCCGUAUGUCAUGUAUAAGAAGUCUGACAAACCGCUUUAUGGAAAUGAUAGAUUUGAGGGCUACUGUCUGGAUUUACUAAAAGAACUCUCAAACAUACUGGGUUUCAUUUAUGAAGUCAGGCUGGUAGCUGAUGGCAAAUACGGGGCUCAGAAUGACAAAGGAGAAUGGAACGGAAUGGUCAGGGAACUCAUUGACCAUAAGGCCGAUCUGGCGGUUGCGCCUCUUACCAUUACCUACGUCAGGGAGAAAGUGAUCGAUUUCUCCAAGCCGUUUAUGACACUGGGUAUCAGCAUUUUGUACCGGAAGCCCAAUGGUACAAAUCCCGGCGUAUUCUCCUUUCUCAAUCCCCUCUCUCCUGACAUCUGGAUGUAUGUGUUACUGGCCUGUCUGGGAGUGAGUUGUGUGUUGUUUGUCAUUGCGAGGUUCACGCCGUACGAGUGGUAUAACCCACACCCGUGCAACCCAGACUCAGACGUGGUGGAAAAUAAUUUCACUUUGCUUAAUAGUUUCUGGUUUGGCGUUGGAGCUCUCAUGCAGCAAGGAUCAGAGCUUAUGCCCAAAGCCCUUUCCACCAGAAUAGUGGGUGGCAUAUGGUGGUUUUUCACCCUGAUCAUCAUAUCCUCCUACACUGCAAAUCUGGCGGCCUUCUUAACCGUGGAGAGGAUGGAGUCGCCUAUAGAUUCCGCAGAUGAUUUGGCGAAACAGACAAAGAUAGAAUAUGGAGCCGUAAGAGAUGGAUCAACGAUGACUUUUUUCAAGAAAUCUAAAAUAUCCACGUAUGAGAAGAUGUGGGCCUUUAUGAGCAGUAGACAGCAGACAGCACUCGUUAAGAACAACGAUGAAGGAAUUCAGAGAGUACUCACCACUGACUAUGCUCUUCUAAUGGAGUCAACCAGUAUUGAGUACGUCACUCAAAGAAACUGCAACCUGACUCAGAUUGGAGGACUUAUCGACUCCAAAGGUUACGGAGUUGGGACCCCAAUCGGAUCUCCAUACCGAGACAAAAUUACCAUUGCGAUACUGCAGCUGCAAGAAGAAGGGAAGCUACAUAUGAUGAAGGAGAAGUGGUGGAGAGGGAAUGGCUGUCCAGAAGAGGACAGUAAAGAAGCCAGUGCUCUAGGGGUGGAAAACAUAGGCGGCAUCUUCAUAGUACUUGCUGCGGGGCUUGUCCUAUCCGUGUUUGUAGCAAUAGGAGAAUUCAUCUAUAAAUCCAGAAAAAACAGUGAUAUAGAACAGUGUCUUUCCUUCAAUGCAAUAAUGGAGGAACUUGGAAUAUCUCUCAAGCAUCCGAAAAGAUUAAAGAAGAAGACAAAAGCCAAGGGCAGAUCAACAUUCACAAGUAUGUUAACGUGCCACCAGAGGCGGAUAAUCAGGAAAGAGACAAUGGCAUAGAACCAGAAUUUCAAUUUAAUGAUAUUCCGGAAGACAAAAAAAAACAAAACCUACUGACUGGGAACCAUACUGAUUUUAAGAAAUGAGCAGAGGGAUUUUUUAAAGGAUGGCAUCUGCUUUUUUAACUUAUUUACAUGAUUUUUUUAUAAAGACACAUAUGGCAGAAACAAAGUGAGACGUGCCGCUGAUCGGUUUGCAGGACUCACCUCCAAAAAUGAAUUUAUAUGACCCAUUUUCUGUAUCAUUCCAUACUUUCCCCAACAAAUUUAUCUGUGUGAUUUCUAAAAUAAAAUACCGUUUGUUAGAAGG